GGUGCUGUAGGAGCUGCUGUCUGCAGGAGCUGCAGCGCGGUGCUACUGCUGCUGGCUGAGAGGCUGGGAAUGCAUCCAGAAGAGUUUGGUGUCAUGCCACAGGAUCCCUUACAGAAUAAAGCGCUUAUGGACACCUCUGAAGUGCAGCUUUGUUCCUAGCCAGUGGAAGUGGUGUGAGUUUUUCUGACUGUCCUUGACUGGUUAAUUUUUUGCCCUUGUAACCAGUGACACGUUGGCUGUCAGCAUUGUUACUGCACCCUAGGUAGCCAGCAGCACCAAGCUAUGUGCUGCUAACAGAAAUACUUGAGUAACACGUGGGACUCGGUGUGAGUGGAGACUACUUCGCAGCAUGUGAUGUUCAUUUUGAGCUGCUCCAGGUCGGUGCUGGCUGGUGGCUGGGUAGUAUGAGGGACACGUGGUGGGAUGGGAAGUGUGACGAGGGCGUGUAACACGAGUCUGCAGGCUCUUUUUCAUGCAGAUGUUUAGAACUGCGUUUUGCAAUCUAUCCUUGAGUAAUAUUCAUAACAAAAACAGCCAUAUUCCUUAUUUAGGUUCCUAUAUAGGAAAUAAAGUUUUGGAGGUUAGUUCUAAAUAAGGCUUUCAAUUUUUAAGUACUUUUAAAACAAGUUACUUAAUUUGUUAUUGCUUGAAGCAGUUGUUUUUUGUUUAAGUUAUAGUUAAUCUAGAUUACUGUGAAUAUCCUUGUGAUAUUUGCAGUAUUGAAGAACUACAGAAAGCAUCUUUAACAUUUAAUUUUCAUAUGAAAAGGUCAUUUACAUAAUGAGACAAUGAAGCCUUUGGGCAAAGAUGAAUGUAGAAGAAAAAAAUCCGUUAAUGUAGAUUCUGCCUCUGAGUUUGAAAGGGUCUGAUUCACAAAACUUUGAAUACUAUAUUAUUGCUAGCACUUAAUGGAAGGAAAAUACCCUGCUUGCUUGAAGGGUGGCAAAAUCCUGAUGCACGUUCUGUUUUGUGAUGUUUUAAGGGACAUCUCGUUUUUGUUAGCGAUGACUGUUUCUGCAUAGCUUUCUUCUUUUCAGCUGAGCUGUAUAAUAAUCACUACUUUUUUAUGUGGUGAAUCUGAACACCUUGGAGAAGUGGGUUUAUCACUCGCCUGUGCUUACAGCUGAGCAUGGUUGGUGAAGGCCUUGUAGGUGAGGACGGGCUUGGAAAGAGUGCCCACCUUCUGGCUGCAGUUUUAUUGAACUGAUGGGAAAGCUGUUCUGGAUUUCUGAUUCUUAAUUGGUCUUCGUUUGGAACAAAAUACAUCUGCAUAUAAUUUCUGUAGUGUUUCAACCAAAUCUGUUUACAACCGAUGCAAGUCACGAUCGGUCUCAAUAAUCUUUUGUGUAGACAGUUACGUCACUCAUCACAGUGACAAUAACUCCAGAAAUCCUUCAUUGUUUUAGUGUAAUCCUGAUGGGAAGCUGAGUUCUGUGAGGCAGAGAUGUGUGUUUGUUAGUUAAAUAAUCUAGUAGUUUUUAAAAAUGACUUCCUUUGAAAGAGUCUGCUAACAUUUGAAACAAGGCCUUCAUUUGCCUUUGAGGCAAAAUGGGAUAAGCCUGGAAAGGUUUGGACAGUUGAUAAUCAAAGCAGUUUGCAGUGGAUGGGGUUUAUUUCCCAGUGUGUGCUUUAUUUAAUGUAAAAGUGGCCCAUGCACUAAAUUUGUUACCUCCCUGAAUCACUGCUUGUCCUCUUUUGCUCUGUGAGCACCUCUGCUGCAGCGAUUGGCUCUUGUAGGUAGGUGACACGGCAUGUGGAAGGACCGGCCAUGGUCUGUGGGGUUUUGAAAUCCACCUCGUUUGUAGCUGUUAGGGCACAGAGCAAGCCUCCCCUGCCACGUGGAAGCUUGCAGGUGAGGCCAGCAGCCAGUUGUGCUUACUGCAUGCUGUGACAAACCAGUCAGCUCUUCUGGAGUGCUGCCUGUGAGCUGCACAGGUGAAGUAUUCACCUGUGAUUAAGAAGGAAUGUGCUUCAAACCAUUCUGGGGUUCCUGGGAAAGGACACUGUGGAAGCCAAGUACCUGCUGCAGGGGAAACGUGGAGCCAGGCUUUCUGGUGUCUUAUAUAACAGUUAUUUUGAUGGUGAAUUUUCUGUGUUCAAAACCUUUGAAGCUGUUUCACUUAGAACUGUAGGUAAUAGCUGGCUUCUUGGAACUAUACAAGGGUAAAAGCACCAUGUAACUUGGCUCCAAGUCAGUUUCAAUAUAAAACUUUAACCUUUUUAAAAUUGUAAAUAAAUAACUUCAAUGGCUGUGCAACAUCAGAUCUUAGAUUGCAGGGAAAGGGGAAGAAAAAUUACUAUGUACUUUGUAGUCGUAGAGAAAGAACAUUGAAAAGGAAGACUUGAUGCUUCAAGAAUAAUGUUGCAAUUGUUCAGAGUCUGAACUGGAUCCAGGAGCUCUGAGAGGUAAUGCCGCCAGGCCAAAAUAGGAUGUUCUUGCCUUCUACAUAGAGAUAUAUUUCUCUGACUUCAAAAUAACACCCAUUACGACCAACUCCCUUCUGAUUCUUCCUCACAUAAGCUAUAUUUGGUAUUCACAUUGCACUGGUCUUAUUUUAAGUGGUGUUUGUGUCAUUCAUUCAUACCAUACAGGUACUUAGUAUAAAACACACGCUUGUAUUUCCUUUGCGUUUUAAAUUGAUAUUCCUUGUCUUAAUGCACGGUGCUAGUGGUUCAGGUUUUGUCCUGCUGCAGGCUUUUUUGGCCUGUUCAGUCAUGAACUGAAAGACUUGAACAGGUAUUGUCCCAGCAGAACUCUGCAAAUGAUCAUAAGACUGAUUUAGUUGGAUUUUGGCAAUUAUUUGAAGUGAUCACUGUUAAUUUGUCAGUUUGGGAAUUGUUAUUUUGAAGAUCUGAAGCCUCAAAUGGAAAAAAAUUGGAAGUUUGUGAGCACAACAGGAAGUGCUGUGUGCAGUCAGUCUGGGUGGAAAGGACAGAGUGGUGAGUUAACAACUGGAGCUUUCGUUCUGCAGAUUGCUAUUUCUUCUAUAAAUGAACUUGAAUAUGGCAGCAUGAAUCUAUUCUGGGCUGAAGAAGUACUUCCUUUCAGGCCAUGUUUCUAGUAGUUAGAUGUCCAGAAACAAGAGCUUCUCUGCACUGGAAAUUUCCUACUCUUGCGAAGAAGAAUCUUACUGCAUUUUAUCUGACAUUGUGAUACAGUUAAAUACUGGAUUUCAGCUCAGAAAUUAGGGAGGUGAAUUUGCACUUCAUAUAGCUGAAGCAGCUUUGCUUUAAGAAAAGUAAUUGCUGGCAGUCGGUGCCAUCAGUAUUACCUGCUCUGUGUUCCAUAGGGGUGUUAAUGAAGGCUGUCAUCAGUGGAAAAGUAAAACAAGUACUUUAUGGUCCCCCAUUCUGAAAUAUUGCAGCUAAUGACACGUUCCUUCUGUUCCUAAAGAAUUACAAUCAAUCUUUUUGCCACUGACAAAUUUCCCCCCCCCGUUUUUUUUUUGUUACCUGCAGCUCUAUUGUCAUCUCAUGGUCUUGGUUAAAGAAUGGCUGUUUAAGUGUCUUGUAAUAAUGAAUCUUAUUCCCUAAAUAAUGAGUAAAAAUUGCUCCAUUCAGAUGUCUCAGUAAAGACUUAGCUAUCUUAACACGGCGCUUGGCAGUCACAAUAUGCAACAGGAAUUUAAGGAUUACAGCAACAUAAUUUUGGUAUUGAAGAAGAAAAAAGUUAUUCAGUCUUUUUCCCUUUUUCCCCAUUCAUACCUAUUCUUUGGCUCUUGGUGGCUCAUCCAGGGGAUAAAGCUUUUCUUGGCUCUAUUAGACCUAACCACAGAGCAUAUCAAAGGUAUGACAUCUUGUGUGUGGAGAGCAGAAGAUUUAGUUAUUACAAUAGGAUUUGCCAGUUUUCUGUAACGUGAAUACUUAGCAUUUAUGUGACACUUUUAAUCUUCAAAGAGCUUCCUUCUCACAGUUACCAUCCUCAAAAAGAAUGCCAUUAAGUAUUACUAGCCUGUUUUAUCCAUCUGUAAAGUAUCUCUAUCAGGGCACACACUGUCACGUUGCUAUUUGGAUUAUGUUUGUUGCAAGCAAAGCUAAUCAGCGCAGGUUCUGUGACAGCCCUCCCCAUAAGGCUGUGUGGAUGGGAAUUGCUACAUAAUAGCCCCAGCAGUGAAAUAAUCCUCCCACCAUCUGAGCAGUGAAAUCUUACUGGCUAUGUUUUAUAUCCUCAAGAAUUAAAGGAGUCUGGUUUUAUGUGCUCUCCACAUCUCUUACCUACCCUGUAAGCUGCAGAAGAAAGCUGAAAAAACCUGAAAAUUGAGAAGUCUCUGCAGGCCGUUAAAAUAACUUUUACCGUAUGUACUCCUGGACAUUUAAAUGCAAUAGAUUGCAGUCUUAAAGACCAAGUAAUUACCGUUAUCAAUUAGAGAAGUGGUAACCUUGUUCUCAGCAGGUGCUCAAAGCUGUUGCCAGCCUCAGUUCACCACGGGAUGGCAUUGCCCUGACCGUGGCCCUUUCCGGGCAUCCCUUGCUUCUUCCCAGCUCCUGGAAGCUCCUGUGUUCUGGAGGAGUUCUCACUGACCGUAGAGAGAGGAGAGUGCCCAGAGCCACACAGGCAGCUGUGGGAGCAGCGCAGGAAAGGGAGGAAGGCAGAGUUACAGACAUAGAGCUAAAGCGACUGAAAGAUGCUUUUAAGAGAACUUGUGGACUCUCGUAUUAUAUGACCCAACAGUGCUUCAUCAGGGAAGUUCUCGGUGAUGGAGUCCCUCCAAAAGUUGCUGAGGUUAUCUACUGUUCAUUUGGAGGAAUAUCCAAGGGGCUGCACUUCAAUAACUUGAUAGUUGGAUUAGUUCUACUCACGAGAGGCAAAGAGGAGGAGAAAGCAAAAUACAUUUUCAGCCUCUUUUCUAAUGAAUCUGGGAGUUAUGUGGUUCGUGAUGAGAUGGAGAAGAUGCUGCAUGUGGUUGAUGGGAAAGUCCCAGAGUCUCUCAAGAAAUGUUUCUCUGAGGGUGAAAAGGUAAACUAUGAGAAGUUCAGGGUUUGGCUGUUGCACAACAAAGAUGCUUUCACGUUUUCCCGUUGGCUGCUGUCUGGAGGUGUAUAUGUGACACUCACUGAUGAUAGUGACACUCCUACCUUCUAUCAAACCCUGGCUGGAGUCACACACUAUUCUGAGUUCCUUGGUAUAAAGUCACUUUUGCGUUUAUGUAAUCCCUCUGCAAUGUUGACCAGAAUUCUAGUGGAAGAAUCGGACAUCAUUGAUCUCGAGAAACGAUACUGGCUGCUAAAAGCUCAAUCAAGAACUGGACGCUUUGAUUUAGAAACGUUUGCCCCCUUGGUGUCCCCUCCUAUCCAUCCAUCUUUGAGUGAAGGUUUGUUUAAUGCCUUUGAUGAAAACCGGGACAAUCACAUAGAUUUUAAAGAAAUUUCCUGUGGGCUCUCAGCAUGUUGCCGGGGACCCUUGGCAGAAAGGCAGAAGUUUUGCUUCAAGGUUUUUGACAUUGACCGGGAUGGUGUGCUGUCUCGCACGGAACUUAAAGAAAUGGUGGUUGCACUUUUAGAGGUCUGGAAAGAUAACCGUACUGAUAAAAUACCUGAGUUGGACAUGGAUUUGUCUGAAAUUGUAGAAGAUAUUUUGAAUGUGCAUGACAACACAAAGCUUGGACACCUCACUCUGGAGGACUACCAGAUAUGGAGUGUGAAGAGUGCUCUUGCCAAUGAGUUUUUAAAUCUACUUUUUCAGGUGUGUCAUAUAGUUCUGGGGCUGCGACCUGCCACUCCAGAAGAGGAAGGACAGAUUAUUAGAGGCUGGCUAGAAAGAGAAAGCAGAUAUGGCCUUCAGCCAGGGCACAACUGGUUUCUUAUUGCAAUGCCCUGGUGGCACCAGUGGAAGGAAUAUGUCAAAUAUGAUGCAAACCCUGUUGUGAUAGAGCCUUCAUCUGUCUUGAGUGGAGGUAAGAAUUCACUCAUAGCUGCUGCAGCCAAUACUUCAGAACAGGGAGAAGACAAAAUGGGAGGUCUUAAUUACUUCAGUGCUACAGAAGAAAAGUUUUCAGAUAAUAUUUCUACUGCAUCAGAAGCCUCAGAGACUACUAGCAGCAAUGUUCUUUACCCCAGCACACCAGGGACGGAUGUGUGUUUUGCUAGGCAGCAUAACACUUUGGACAAUAAUAAUCAGUGUUUCCUUGGAACCAAUGGGAAUACUUUGCUCCAGCUCAAUCCUCAGAAACCAGGAGCUAUUGAUAACCAACCCCUUGUAACGCAAGAACCAGUGAAGGCUGCAUCGUUAACAAUGGAGGGUGGCAGAUUAAAGCGAUCGCCGCAGCUGGUCGAAGGAAGGGACUACGUAAUGGUCCCAGAACCAGUUUGGAGAGCACUUUACCAUUGGUAUGGAGCAAACCUGUCCUUGCCUAGGCCGGUGAUCAAAAAUAGCAAGACAAAUGUGCCUGAACUGGAGUUAUUUCCUCGGUAUCUGCUCUUUCUGAGACAACAGCCUGCCACGCGAACACAGCAGUCAAACAUCUGGGUGAAUAUGGGUAUGAUGAGCCUGAGAAUGUUUCCUCAGCAUUUACCUAGAGGGAAUGUACCUUCGCCGAAUGCUCCUUUAAAAAGAGUGCUGGCUUACACUGGCUGCUUCAGUCGAAUGCAGACAAUUAAAGAGAUACACGAGUAUCUCUCUCAGAGGCUGCGUAUAAAGGAAGAAGAUAUGCGCCUCUGGUUGUACAACAGCGAGAACUACCUUACUUUGCUGGAUGAUGAAGACCACAGACUGGAAUAUCUUAAAAUCCAAGAUGAACAGCAUCUAGUAAUAGAAGUUCGAAACAAAGACAUGAGCUGGCCUGAAGAGAUGUCUUUUAUAGCAAACAGCAGUAAAAUAGACAGACAUAAAGUUCCUACUGAGAAGGGUGCUACUGGAUUAAGCAAUCUGGGUAACACAUGUUUCAUGAACUCUAGUAUCCAGUGUGUCAGUAAUACGCAACCUCUGACACGGUAUUUCAUCUCAGGAAGACACCUUUAUGAACUUAACAGGACAAAUCCAAUAGGAAUGAAAGGACACAUGGCCAAGUGCUAUGGGGAUUUAGUUCAGGAGUUGUGGAGUGGGACUCAGAAGAAUAUAGCACCACUGAAGUUGCGGUGGACAAUAGCAAAAUAUGCUCCAAGGUUUAAUGGCUUUCAACAGCAAGACUCACAGGAGCUUCUGGCUUUUCUUUUGGAUGGUCUUCACGAGGAUUUGAAUAGAGUUCAUGAUAAGCCAUAUGUUGAACUGAAAGAUAGCGAUGGUCGGCCAGACUGGGAAGUAGCAGCUGAGGCCUGGGAAAACCAUCUGAGAAGAAACAGAUCAAUUGUUGUAGAUUUAUUUCAUGGGCAGCUGAAAUCACAAGUUAAAUGUAAAACUUGUGGACACAUAAGCGUUAGGUUUGACCCUUUCAAUUUUUUAUCCUUACCUUUGCCCAUGGAUAGCUACAUGCACCUCGAAAUUACAGUAAUCAAAUUGGAUGGUACUACUCCCGUUCGAUAUGGCCUGAGAUUGAACAUGGAUGAAAAAUAUACGGGUUUGAAAAAACAGUUAAGUGAACUCUGUGGACUAAAACCGGAACAGAUACUACUUGCAGAAGUGCAUAGUUCCAAUAUAAAGAAUUUUCCUCAGGACAACCAGAAAGUCCGGUUAUCAGUGAGCGGGUUUUUGUGUGCAUUUGAAAUACCAGUUCCAGGAUCACCAACAUCAGCAUCAAGUCCUGUGCAGUCAGAUAUCUCGACUGGAUCAUCAGCUAAUGGAGCACCCAACAUAAUGAUGAAUGGAGACCUUCCCAAACCAACCCUGAUUCCAAAUGGAAUGCCAAAUACUGUAGUGCCAUGUGGAACAGAACGUAACCUUGCCAACUGGACUCUCAAUGGUCACGUGCCCCUGCUUUCUGAUAGUCCAUGCACAGGGUACAUAAUUGCAGUCCACAGAAAAAUGAUGCGGACAGAGCUAUAUUUUCUUUCAUCUCAGAAGAAUCGUCCUAGUCUCUUUGGGAUGCCACUAAUUGUUCCUUGUACAGUUCACACACGGAAAAAAGAUCUGUAUGAUGCAGUAUGGAUUCAGGUUUCCAGGCUUGCCAGCCCCCUCCCCCCUCAGGAAGCCAGUAAUCAUGCACAAGACUGUGAUGACAGCAUGGGAUAUCAGUAUCCAUUCACACUAAGAGUGGUUCAGAAGGAUGGAAAUUCUUGUGCUUGGUGUCCGUGGUACAGAUUUUGUCGUGGCUGUAAAAUUGAAUGCACAGAGGAUAGAGCUUCUGUUGGGAAUGCUUACAUUGCUGUAGACUGGGAUCCAACAGCACUCCAUCUGCGCUACCAGACAUCCCAGGAACGGAUUGUAGAAGAGCAUGAAAGUGUUGAACAAAGCCGCCGAGCUCAAGCAGAGCCCAUCAACCUGGAUAGCUGUCUUAGAGCCUUCACGAGUGAAGAAGAACUGGGUGAAGAUGAGAUGUACUACUGUUCCAAAUGCAAGACCCAUUGUUUGGCUACAAAAAAACUAGAUCUUUGGAGGCUUCCUCCCAUUUUGAUCAUUCACCUGAAAAGAUUUCAGUUUGUAAAUGGCCGCUGGAUAAAAUCUCAGAAAAUUGUUAAAUUUCCCCGAGAAAAUUUUGACCCAAGUGCCUUUUUGGUACAAAGGGAUCCGAGUCAUUUUCAGAGAAAACAGCUAACUCCUCAAAUUGAUGAAAUUCCUGAAGCACGGACUCUUCAAGGGGACUCUAAAAAAGCAGAUCUGCAGAUCACUUAUUCAGCAGAAGGAGAUGUGAACAGAAGUCCAUCAUCCCUUAACACUGCUAAUGUCGUGAAUAAUAUCAAAGCAUCUCCAUCUCUGGGAAGGAAAAGUGGAACGAGCUGUCCUUCAAGUAAGAACAGUAGCCCAAACAGUAGCCCAAGGACUUUAGGAAGAGGCAAAGGGCGUCUGCGGCUACCACAACUGGGGAAAAACAAACUGUCAAGUAGCAAAGAAAACUUGGAUGGAAGUAAAGAAAACUGCACUGACCAGGAACAGAAAAUCGCUUCUGAUCGAAGUGAUACUCUUACGAGAGGGCAAAAUCUGAGUGGUAGUCAGAGUGAACUGUAUACUGAACUGUAUACUGCUCAGGACAAUGAGGUAACUCUAGCCAAUGGAUACAUCUGUGAACAGAAUGCGUAUAGUAACGGUAGUAUCAACGGUCAGAUUGAUAACCACAGUGAGGAUGAUAUUGCAGAUGACCAAAGAGAAGAAGUUUGUGUUAACCCUAUUUACAAUCUAUAUGCAAUUUCGUGCCAUUCAGGAAUUAUGGGAGGGGGUCAUUAUGUCACUUAUGCCAAAAACCCAAACAACAAGUGGUACUGCUACAAUGACAGUAGCUGUAAGGAAUUGCAUCCUGAUGAAAUUGACACCGACUCUGCCUACAUUCUUUUCUAUGAGCAGCAGGGGGUAGACUAUGCACAAUUUCUGCCAAAGAUUGAUGGCAAAAAGAUGGCAGACACAAGCAGCAUGGAUGAAGACUUUGAGUCAGAUUAUAAGAAGUACUGUGUUCUACAGUGAAAGGGUGAUCUUCCACAGACUGUUUGAAUAUGAGGGAUAACACCCUGAAACUUACAUUUGGCAAAACGUUAUUGAGACAGAUAAGCUAAGUAUAGUUAUUGUACCCUGUGAUCUGAAAGCACAAAAAGAAAACCCUAACUAAACAGCAGUUAAUAUAGAGAUAGUAUUGUUUCGUUCUGUUGUCUCACUACAUGCUCUAAAUGUUUCUGAUGUUAGACAUCAGGCUGAGACUGCCAUUGGCCUUUAAAUAAAAUGGUUUGAGAAAAGCCGACUAGGACCAAAUAAGAGCUAAAUUUAACAGUCCAAAUAAGAGCUAAGCAAAGUAGUGUAGAGUUUAUCAACUAUUCUAACAACCCCCUAAAGUUCUCCUUAGAUUUAAAAUAUGGGGGAAAAAUGUAGUGUUGUCUUUGGACAACAUGAUGUUGCUACCUCCUUUUUCCUGCAGUUUUAUUGCAUUUUACUGGCAAAACAGGGAAAGAAAGAGAAUGGAAAGUAGACAAAUAUAAAGAAUGAACGCCAGAAGUAGGAAAGCUUUCCAGUUUUGCCACCACUAAUGUAUCAGUUGCUUUCUUUCUGUAUGUUGGGAGCACAACCAAAUCCUAAUUUGAGAAGAGAUUAAUUUCUACACUUGAAUGGUUUAUUUUAACUGUAUUUUCUCCACGUGUUGGCUGUGCAGAUCAACAUGUUUCAGGAAUGGCUUUUCUGCCUGAGGAGUGCUAUCUUAAACUUUUGAGAUGCCUCGAAGAAACUUCAGGUUGAAGAGAGUAGCGGUGAUUGCACACACGGUGUCUUAAAAUGUGCACAUUGCACAAGAUGUUCCCAGCUUUUGGAAGGAAAGAUGCUUGAGCUUAUGUUUCAUGACUGAUGUUGCUUUUAUGUUUGCACUUUUAAAAAAAUUCAUAUAAUUAAAUUCAAAAAACAGUUCCUUUUUGUUGUUGUAAGGGCUCUGGAGUGAAUGGCUGUGAAUUAAUCCACUGUGUAUUUCAAACCAAUAAGAAGCUGUGGUUGUCAGGUAGCUAUCGUAGCAUUCAUGGGUUUUUAUUUUUAUAUUGAUUUCUUAAUUUAAGAAGGUUUCUUUUUUUCAAAAUUUGGUUGCCUUUUGGAAUUUUCUGUUUUGCAACAGGUUAUACAUAUACUUGCAAUUAAAACAGAAUUAUCAUACCCUUGCAAGAUGCUCUUUUGAGUUAAUGGGCUUAUUGCGUUGAAGGAAAGUAUGAGCAAGUCUUGGCAGAGACCAGAAAAAAGAUGGUUAUUUCUUGAGUAGGCAUUUCUUGAAACAUUUUCAGUGUUAAAGCGUUUGCAUAUAUGAACGAAAUGUCUCACACUUUCACCCCUUUGUUCUUCAGCUGAUCUAAGAUCCUACUGAUUUUUGUCACGUGUCAUCUUCCAAAUUCUUUAGAUUUCUAUUCUCACUAACAGUUGAUACUUACCUUGCUGAUCUCUGAAAUAAAUUUUAGGCUUCCUUUUAAUGUGUUUUACAAGAAUGCCAAGCCUGCCAGUAAGUGUAUAAUUUCCAGAAUAUUUCCAGAUCUGGGUUUUAUCUAUUUAAGAAAUUAUAUCAGCUGAUCUCGCUGUCUGUAUUCAAGCGAAAACCUCCCUGUCUGUGGAGGUCGUGCCUCUGUCAGGGGAGCAGGUCAGUUCCAAAAUAAGUAUUGUCUUACUUGUGAAGUGUUGCUCCCCGUCCCUUAUGCUCUUUUAUCUCUAAAGUGAUCUGAACAUUGAGACUGAAGAAAAACAAAUUGUGGACUUCUAGGUUAGAAGCUCUUUUCAGUUCCUGUUUGUCUGUUCCUCCCUUCCCAAACUCCAUGAAAAGUGAAAGAUUUUCAACUGAUUUACUUUGAAAUGUUUUAUUUAAGCAGGUAGCACAAUCUACUAAUGUUAUUUGAUCUUCUGUGUUUGUUACAUUGGUUGUAAUUAAUUUUUUAAAUUAAAUUAAUUCAUGAUUUAGUAGUAAAUUUAUUAAGUUAACUAUUAACUACAUUCACUUUGUAAAUUAUUGUAUAAAGCUUAUUGACAAUGCACUGACUUUAGAAAGAUGUUAAUGUACAUAAAUACCUUGUAAAUAAAAUAGUGUUGAUGUACUGGAAUAUGAGCUGUAUUAAAAAAGGUAUUGGUAAUUGUAUAUGGAGUGAACCUGUUUAUCUGUAACUAUAUUAUUCAAACAAAUUAAAUACUGUGGAUGCA